GCUCCGUCUCCUCUGCUGGGACUUCAGUUUCUACUAGACCCCGUUCCCUUCAGCUCCGGCUCCGGGCUUUAUCUCCAUCCUCUUUAGAUCAAUGGCUUCGUACUCUGCCUUGGUCUCUCUACCUCCUCUCUCUCCCCAGCUGUCCAGACCUACAGAGAAAGAGAGAGAGAGAGAGAGAGAGAGAGUGGAUUCGACCCUCUCCCUCCACACUCCUCCUCCUCCCCCUCCUCCUCCUCUUCCGACCCUCUCCACCCGUCCUCCCCGGCAGACGGAGCAGACCUCCGUGAAGGCAGCGUGGACCUUAACCCUCCUUCCAUCUGUGUGAAUGGGAAUCAGCCGCACCGGGCCGGAGUGAUGGAGACUCUGCCUUCAUAGUUACUGGAACUUAUUUCUCAUUUCGAAAAGAAGGAAACUAAUCGCGCGUGUGUCUGUUUUGGAUUUUUCUUUUCUACUUUUCUUGUUGGGAUCCAAGCCCGAUCGCGAAGGGUUAUUUUUCAGGAGAGGAGAGCUUGUUUUAGCCCCCCUUUUUUUUCCUCCUCCUCAUCGUCAUCCUCCUGACUCGUCACCCUUUGGGUGUUUUUUCUUCUCUUAUUUUGAUUCUUAAUUGACAGUUGGAUUCUGUUGAGGAUUUUCAAAAAAAAAAAAGAAAAGAAAAGAAAAGAAAAGAAAAAAAAUCAUACAACUGCAGGAUUUGUGGGUGUUUGCUCCUGUGGCUCCUCGGUCUCAUUGGAACUGGAGCAGGGCAGCAUGGAGCUGGUUUUGGUUGGAUGUAUUGGUGAUGUUUGGGAGGUGCUGGUGCUGAGGAGGAGGACAGGAGGACUCUACCUGCUGCUGCUCUGCUGGCUUCUGGCUGCUCACCCCACAGCUCACGCCUCAGACACACCUUCCUCUUCCUCCUCUUCCCCAUCCGGUCUUGGAGGGUUUGUGGACUUCACUUUCACCCAGGAGCCUCAGGACACUGUGACGGUGCGAGGGGGCGUGCUGCAGCUCGACUGCCAGGCGCAGUCCGAUGCAGUGGCGGGACCUCCCACCAUCACAUGGCGUAAGGACGGCGUGCUGCUGAGCACGGUGGUGGACGAACGGCGGCAGCAGCUGGCUAACGGCUCGCUGCUGGUGCAGAACGUUGUGCACUCGCGCCAUCACCGGCCUGACGAGGGCGAAUAUCAGUGCCUCGCCACGCUGGAUGGACUGGGGAGCAUCGUUAGCCGGACCGCCAGGGUCACCGUGGCUGGCCCACUGAAGGUGGUUGUCCCCACCGAGUCUGUCUCCUCGUAUCUUGGCGACACCGCCCUGCUGCGUUGUGAGGUCUCAGGUGACCCGACACCCGUCAUCCGCUGGCAGAAGAACCGGGAGGACCUGCCACUGACCUUUGAGCCUGACUCUCGCCUGGCGGCGCUGCCAUCUGGCUCGCUGCAGGUCAGCCGCGUCCAGCCGCCCGAUUCGGCCACGUACCGCUGUCUGGCUGACAACCCGGGCAGCACCAGGACAGGGACGGACGCAGAGCUCCGAGUGCUCCCAGAACCUGGAGUGAGCAGGAACCUCCAGUUCCUUCAGCGCCCAUCCAAAGUCACAGCUCUGCUGGGAACCGAUGCCGUGCUGGAAUGUUCCGCCUCUGGAUACCCGACUCCGAUCAUCCAGUGGAGUAGAGGAGAGGAACUGAUCCAGAGCUGGAAUAAGAAGUACUCUCUGCUGGCGGGCAGUAAUCUGAUCAUCAGGAGCGUCACUGACGACGACUCUGGCAGUUACAGCUGUACAGCUACCAACAAGAACCACAACAUCAGCGCACACGCAGAGCUCAGCGUAUUGGUGCCUCCUCAGUUCCUGAACUACCCCACCAACACAUACGCCUACGAGUCCACUGACAUCGAGUUAGAGUGUGCUGUGACAGGAAACCCGCUGCCGACUGUCCGCUGGAUGAAGAAUGGAGAGGAAGUCAUCCCUAGUGACUACUUCCAGAUAGUGGAUGGCAGUAACCUGCAGAUUUUGGGUUUGGUGAAGUCAGAUGAAGGCUUUUAUCAAUGUGUUGCUGAAAACUCAGCUGGCAGCUCACAGGCCAUGGCCCAGCUGCUGCUUCGAGAACCAGUGUCCCCCAGCCCAGGCGUUGCCCUCCCCUCUGCUCCCCGUGACCUGGUCCCUGUCCUAGUGUCCAGCCGAUUUGUCCGACUCAGCUGGCGCCCCCCGGAGGAGACGGGAGGAGCUGUGCAGACCUAUGGAAUUUAUUACUCCCAGGACAGCGUGGAGAGGGAGCGGUCAGUGAAUGUGUCAGAGCCAGAGUCUUUGGAGCUCACGGUCUCCAACCUGAAACCAGAGGAGAGCUACAGCUUCAGAGUCAUUGCUUACAACGACAUCGGGCCAGGAGAGAGCUCCGCCCCCCUGAGGAUCACCACCAAACCCGACCUCCAGGUUCCCAGCAGGGUGGAGUCUCUCCAGGCUGAGGCUCUGUCUCCUACAUCUGUCCAGGUGAGCUGGGAACCUCCCAGCCAACCAAACGGCCCCAUCCUGGGCUACAGGCUGCUGUGGACGGAGAGCCCAUCUGGCAAGGAACAGAGCGUGGAGGUGAACGGACUCAACUACAAGAUGGACGGACUCAACAAGUUCACAGAGUACACAGUUCGAGUUUUGGCAAUCAACCGCUACGGACCAGGCACCGCCUCAGAGACCGCCAGCGUCACCACCCACUCAGACGUACCCAGCGCUCCUCCUCAGAACAUCACCUUAGAGGUUGUCCUGUCCAGGAGCAUCAAGGUGUCAUGGCAGCCGCCUCCACGCAGUGCCCAGAAUGGCAUCAUCACCGCCUACAAGAUUAAAUACAGGAAAACAGGUCGCCGUGGUGACCAAGAGGCCAUUGAACCCAACAACUUCUGGUACCUUUUCACAGGUCUAGAGAAGGGCAGUCAGUACAGUUUCCAGGUAGCAGCCAUGACAGCCAAUGGAACAGGUCCAGCCAGUGACUGGUACACCGCUGAGACGCCAGAAAAUGACCUGGAUGAGAGUCAGGUGCCUGACCAGCCAAGCUCUCUGCAUGUCAGGCCACUGCCUAACAGCAUCAUCAUGUCCUGGACUCCACCCCUCAGCCCAAACAUCUUAGUUCGCGGAUACAUCAUUGGCUACGGAGUGGGAAGCCCCUAUGCCGAGACGGUCCGAGUGGAUAGCAAGCAGCGAUACUACUCCAUCGAAAACCUAGAGCCGAGCUCGCACUAUGUGAUUUCCCUGAAGGCUUUCAAUAAUGCUGGCGAGGGAGUCCCUCUGUAUGAGAGUGCGGUCACACGGUCUCUGACAGACCCCAUAGACCCAUCUGAGGAUGACCUCUUCCACCUCUUUGAUAAAUACCCCACUCCCAUGCCAGACACCAGUACUCCCAUGAUUCCCCCAGUGGGGGUCCAGGCUGUGGCCCUGUCCUCAGACUCGGUCCGAGUCUCCUGGGCUGACAACUCCAUGACCAAGAACCAGAAGGCGUCAGAAGUCCGGUACUACUCUGUGAAGUGGAAGACCAGCUACUCUACCAGUGGAAAGUACAAGUCUGCAGACACCACGGCACUCAGCCACACUGUCACCGGCCUCAAACCAAACACUAUGUACGAGUUUGCUGUCAUGGUAACCAAAGGUCGCAAGUCCAGCACCUGGAGCAUGACAGCACAUGCUACAACGUAUGAAGCAGCUCCUAGCUCCGCCCCCAAAGAUUUAACAGUGAUUAGUCGUGAGGGACGACCCCGUGCCAUUUUAAUCAGCUGGCAACCACCGAUGGAAGCUAAUGGACGAAUCACAGGUUAUAUCCUGUACUAUACGAUGGAUAAGAACAUGCCGAUAGAUGACUGGGUGAUGGAGGCGAUUAGCGGUGACCGGCUGACCCAUCAGGUCGUGGAUCUGAACCUCGACACUGUUUAUUACUUCAGGAUUCAGGCCAAGAAUUCCAAAGGAGUUGGCCCUCUGUCUGAGCCCAUCCAAUUCAGGACUGCUAAAGUGGAACAUCCAGACAAGAUGGCCAAUGAUCAAGGUCGAGGGGGUGACCACGCCUAUUGGCCAUCUGACACCAACCUGAUUGACAGGAGCAGCAUCAAUGAGUCUCCCAUUGGUCAGAUGCGUCCACCUCAUGGCAGUGCCACGCCUCAAAAGAACAGUAACCUCCUGGUCAUCAUCGUGGUUUCUGUAGGAGCCGUCACCGUGGUCGUGGUCGUCAUCGUGGCGCUAAUCUGCACCCGGCGCUCCUCUGCCCAGCAGAGGAAGAAGAGAGCGAGCCACAGUGCUAGCAAGAGGAAGGGCAGCCAGAAGGACCUACGCCCUCCUGACCUCUGGAUUCAUCACGAGGAGAUGGAGAUGAAGAACAUGGAGAAAGCUCCCAGCGUUGCCCCGUCUGGACAUGAUUCACCCAUCCAGUCCUGCCAAGAUCUACCCCAGGUUGCACAUAGCCAAUCAGAGAGCCAGAUGGGCAGCAAGAGCAGCCACUCAGGAGCUGACGGUGAUGAGGCUUCCAGCAGUAUCUCCACUCUGGAGCGCUCCCUAGCUGCCAGGAGGGGAACACGAGGCAAAAUGAUGAUUCCAAUGGACUCACAGCCAAGCAACACACCGGUGGUCAGUGCCAUCCCGGUGCCAGCUCUGGACUCCUCUCAGUAUCCUGGUAUCCUGCCUUCACCUUCUUGUGGCUUCACUCACAACAAGUUCAGCCUGAGACCUAUGCCUUUCUCCAGUCUGACUGUGGACAGAGGAUACACACCAGCGAUGCCUUCAGACACCUCCACCAGUCCUCUCCUCCAACAACAGCCUCCACCCCAGCAGGCACCUCCCCUCCUCCCCGUCUCCUCUGCCCCACCGGGAGAACUUGUUCCUGGAGUUGGCCCAGUCCCAGGAGCUCCAGCUGCUGUUGCCACAGCUGCCGCUGAGGAGGCCCAGGCUGGGAGCGGUCGGACCAUCCCAACAGCCUGUGUGCGGCCCAGCCACCCGCUACGAAGCUUCACCAACCCGCUGCUACCACCACCAAUGGGGACCAUUGAUCCCAAGGUGUACACCUCCAUGAUGCCACAGUCCAGUGCAAGCCUUCCAAAGCCCCAGGUGAAGACUGCCUCUCUGGGUCAGGCCGGCAAGGCUCGCUCCCCUCUGCUGCCCGUCUCAGUCCCAACAGCACCAGACUUACCAGAGGAGGGAGGAACAAAACCCGCUGAGGAUUCAGCUGCCAAUGUUUACGAACAGGACGAUCUUUCGGAGCAGAUGGCCAGUCUAGAAGGGUUGAUGAAGCAGCUCAACGCCAUUACUGGCUCCGCCUUCUAACCUCUGACCCCAGCCCAGCCCUUAGCCAUGGUCCAGUCUGGAACCCUUCUUCAAGCCUUGGAGUCACCUGCAGUCCAUUCACUAAGGGAGACAAAAGACCAGUCAGGGUUUGAAGACACCUCUGUGAAAUCAGACCUCCAUCUGUGCUGUGUUGAGUUUGUUUGGUUUUUACUGGUCUCGGCCAGUGUCUUCUCGGCCAGUGUCUACUGUGGUGGGACCAGGAUUGGAUAGAGGGGAAUUAAACAAAGGAUAAACACAACAGCAGCACAGCAUCAACUCCAUGAACAGGAUAAGGGUGGAGGGGCUUCUUUAGGAGUUCAAACUGAAACUCCUUUAGACUCUUCAACCUCAAACACAAAACUCGAAAAACCCAAUGCCUAGCGCCUUGACUUAAUGACACAGGAUGAUGGGAUUAUGACAAAAAAAGAAGACAGUUGGAAGUUAUAAGAUCCCUCCUGUUUCUCUUCUUUGUGGUAUUUAUUAGCGUCCUCCUCCGCUGAGUUAUCCACGACUCAGUUACUGUGACUGUACCUCACUUACUUUUCAUGACCACUGUUGGAAGUAUUCAUUUUUUAUUUUGUUUAAGUAUUCCAACUUAUAUGUUUGAAAAUAUUACCAGAACCUACAGUUAAAAAAAGAAAAAAAAAGAAAAAAAAGAAAAUACAUCCUCAGCCACCAAAGUUUCAGUAAAACUUUCUCUUUCUCAUUUGGAUGUGAAGUUGCCACAAGCAAGGUGAUCCUCUUCGGCAUUUCUUCUAAUCUCUUUCUAUUUUCCAUUUCACUGAACCACACAUUGCCCCAACCCAUGCAGCUCUUUCACUUCUGGAUUAAAAAAAAAAAAAAUUAAAGAAACACACAUAAGAACCUACUUAAUCAGUCUAACUCACCUGGAUCCUGGACCUUUGUAGACUCAGUCUGUUGCUGCUCUUGACCAAGCCUUUACACUCCCUAAUCCAGACAAACUCUUAUCUUUACCUACAAGGACUUGCGUCGUUGCCAAAUUCUCAUCUUGGAAAGCUUGCUGUAACCUUUUUUUUUGUUUGUUUUUGCUCCUUCUUCACAUCUAAGUCAGUCCCAAACAUGGACUGGAAGUCAGUGAAAAGCUGUAAGAUGGAACAAAUGUUACAAGAGAUCUGGAUUUGGAUUGGUAGAACCCUUUGCAUCCUGGACAUAUGAAGGUAGGCUUUGAAUGGUCCAUGGUUGUUGUCCCUUCUGAGAAAUGUGUUCAAAUUUGUCCUGAACUACUUGUUCACAAUUUGUCAUGUUGCACUCUAUGUGCAUCACACUCAGUGCACUGCAUCACACCCUGCUGACUGGAGUGCAACAGAAUGGUGGCAGUGUGCAAAAUGGAGAGGAGUGAAGUUUAGGCUGUGUUGUUAUGUUUUGUUAGUGUGUUAACAAAAAUUCAUAAGGGAACACAAUAUCUCAUCUUUUAAUCUCAAUUUGGAUUUUGUUUACGUAAAACAUAACAGCCUCAAGAGCUACCGUCAAAAAAGGACUGAAUGGUGAGAGGGUGAACUGUGAAGGCAGUGUUACAUCAAGGAUCAGGUUAUUAUUACUGUUAUUAUUGUUGUUAUUAUUACUAUGAUUAGAGAUCUCAGAUGGGGCAAUGAUCUCUGCUUUUUCUUGUCACAUCGCUGUUUCAGUGUGUAUUUAACUGAAGGUGAGUGUGAUGUUUUUGAUGAAUUCAUAUUUACUUUUUCAUGAGAUGAACACAUAUGUACCUCUGUUGACCUCUAUUGCCCCAAAUGGGACAACUGCAAAAUCGCCAGCUUCACUUUGAGUUUAGUUCAGGGCGUUUCAUUUUUAUACGAAAAUAAGAAAAAAAAAAAAAAGUAACAAAAACAUCACCACAAAUAAUGCAUACUCCACAAAGUA